AUGACUAACUAUGUACGUAAUCAUUCGUUAUCUAAUGAUGAAAUACAACGUUAUUCACGUCAAUUAAUACUUUCUGAAUUUGGUGUUCAUGCUCAAGAACGUUUAAAAAAUUCUUCAGCAUUAAUUAUUGGUUGUGGAGGUUUAGGUUCUCCAGCUGCACUUUAUUUAGCAUCAUCUGGUAUCAAUCGUCUUGGUUUAGUUGAUCAUGAUCAUGUUGAUAUAUCAAAUCUUCAUCGACAAAUAAUUCAUCGUGAAACAACAAUAGGUAAGACAAAAGUUGAUUCAGCACAAUUAACAUGUUCACAAAUCAAUUCAUCAUUAAUAAUUGAUACAUAUAAUCAAUUAUUAACACAUGAAAAUAUUAUGAAUAUUGUUAAACAAUAUGAUGUUAUACUAGAUUGUACAGAUAAUGUUAUAACACGUUAUUUAAUAAAUGAUGCAUGUGUUCUUUGUCAAAAACCACUUGUAUCAGCAAGUGUUAUUCGUUUUGAAGGACAAUUAACUGUAUGGAAUUAUAUUGAAAAAAAUGGACCAUGUUAUCGUUGUUUAUAUCCUCAAGCACCACCAGCAGAAACAGUUUCAACAUGUUCUGAUGUUGGUGUACUUGGUCCAGUUUGUGGAACAUUAGGAAGUUUACAAGCACUUGAAGCUAUUAAAAUUUUAACAAAAAUUGGUGAUGUACUUGCAAAUCGAAUGCUUCUUGUUGAUGGUUUAUCAAUGAAUUUUCGAACAAUUAAAUUACGUAAUCGACAAUCAACAUGUGCUGUAUGUGGAACAAAUCCAAGUAUUAUUCAUCAACCAGCUCCUCCUCCAUAUGAUCAAUGUAAUAAUGAUCAACCUUGUCGAAAAAGUUUAUUAAAUAAAAAUGAACGUAUAAAAGCGAAUGAUUUAGCAAAAUCAAAUGUAUCAUCAUUUAUUAUUGAUGUUAGACCAGAACAUGAACUUAAUAUAGCUCAAUUUGAAAAUUCAUUCCAUUUACCUAUGGAUCGUUUAUUAUAUAAUAAUAAUGAUGAACAAUUAUCUAAUGAACUACGGUCAAAUAUAGAAAAAAAUCAACAAAUUGUUAUUGUUUGUCGUCGUGGAAAUGAUUCACAAUUAGCUGUCCGACGAUUAAAAGAAUUAUUAUCUGAUAUUGAUAAUAUAGAUGAAAAAAUAAAAGAUCUAGAAGGUGGUUUUCAAGCAUGGCAUACAGAUGUUGAUUCAACAUUUCCGUUAUAUUAA